AAGAAAGAAUUACAUGUAAUAAAAAAAAAGAGAUUCCCCUUUAGUUUAAUAAUCCAAAACAAUGAGUUAUUUGUUGAGACAUGGUGCUCAAAAAGAAGGAAUUCCAAUAAGAUAAGAUGGUUUCGUUUUAGUUUAAGAUUUAAUUAAUUGGCCAACAAUGGCAAAACUUAAAGCAAACUUAUAGAGUAUCAGAAAUGUUGUUGAUAAUAAUGACAAAAAGAGAUUUGAACUUAAAGAAAUUGAUGGAUAAUUAUAUAUAAGAUGUGUCUAAGGUCACACAAUUGAAAUUAAUGAAGAAGAACUUUUGGAAAAAAUAGUUGACCCAUCACAGUUUCCUGUUAUUGUGCAUGGUACAUAUUUUAAAGCAUGGGACUUAAUUAAAGAUUCUGGAUUAAAUAGAAUGGCAAGAUAGCAUAUUCAUUUUGCUGUAGGAUUACCAGGAGAUGAUGCAGUAAUUAGUGGAAUGAGAAACACUUGUGAAGUCAUCAUUUAGGUGGAUAUGGAAAAAGCUAUGAAGGCAGGUAUUGAAUUCUAUGUUUCAAAAAAUGGAGUAGUGUUAUCAAGUGGAAUUGGAGGUGUUAUUGCACCCCAAUUUUUUAAAAGAGUAACCACUAAAAAAGGAUAAGAAAUUAAUUUUUAAUGA